GAAACACAAAAUAUUACGUAGUAAUUAAAAGGAAAAGCUACCAAGUUUAGUUUUCAGGGACGUUCUAAAAAGGGAGAGAUGACACAAAAAAAAAGGGAGUAUGGAGGAAUGAAAUCUCUCCACUUCUGGCCCGGCUAGCUCAGCCUCCAUGCUGGAGCAGUGAGCUUCUGCACGAGUGCACGGAAGGUAUCCAGUAGUACUCCCUUUAAAAGGUUUUGGUAAACAUCUUCUAGCAGUAUGGAUAAUAACUCUGAAGGGGCCAUAGACAGUGUAGAGGGAAAACCUUGUAGAAGAAAAAGAAGCAAUCUAUAUCGCCGUCCUCAAAAUGACUCUCAUUCACCUCCAGAUGUCUAUGCUAGCUCUUCUAUGUCAUCUAUGCUGCCCUCAACUAGUCAGAGAAAAGGAUCAAGUGGUGACAACUUUGAUGCUAUUUCAGGGGUAGCGUACUCUAACCUCAAUGAAACUGAAUAUUACCAAAAUGCUGGUGGCAAAAAUACCCAUCAAUUUCAUUCCAUAAGUGAUGUCUAUCCCAGCAUAGGAACUAAAGAUAAUUUAGCAACUGCUACUGUGAGCAAUUUGGAAACAUUUGGAAGGAUAGGAAGUGAUUUCCAAUCUGGACAAUCAGGAGCAUUGUCGCACGGAGUUGAAAGUCAAGUCAAGAAAGUAAAACUUAAGGUUGGCGGUGUUACUAGGACUAUACAUACAAGCUCUGGUUCUGGGCAUUUGUUGGCUAAGUCAUCAUCCUCAUCAAGUGUUGCUCACCAACAUCAAAAGGAUAGUUCAGACAAGGGAAAUGUCUUGCAAGGUGUUCCGUGGAAGGACUUCUCGAAGAAUGGAUUUAUUUUUGGGAGAUCUAGUUCUUCAGGGGAUAGCCCUCUCAAGCAAACUGCUAAAUACAACCCAGCACAUACAAGCAAACAUUUCUCUAAAACAUCCAAAUCAGGCGAAUUCAACACUGAGUAUGACGAUGAUGAUGAUGCUGAGAUUCGUUUUCUUGAAAAACUAAAGACCUCCAAAUUUGCUACAAGUCGUGGCGGAGCAUAUGAUGAAGAUGAAGGAGGAAUUAAGAAGCUGCGGAAGAUUUCAAGAGUCUUGAAUCAGACUGGCAACAUUUAUGAUGUAAAAUCAUGGGAUUACAACCCCAUCAAAACAUCCCAAGAGAGUAUUAAGUUCAAAUCAGUUGGAGAAUUUGGGGAUAAUGAUUAUGUAAAAGAGGACGAGGAGUCAUUAUCUGAUCAUGAGUUAAGACCUAAGAUGAAACAAUGCAAGGAUUUAGGUCGAAUAUCAGGGAGUGCUAGGAAUGAAAUGGCUAUGACUACACGAAAGCGUGCCCAACAAACUGGCAAGGAAGUAUCAUCCAUUUCCAGUAUAGGUGCAGUUGAAUUUUCUCAGGGACUACCACCUCAUCCUAAAAAGCAAAAGGAGAAACUCUCCGAAGUUGAACAACAACUGAAAAAAGCGGAAGCUGCUCAGAGGCGCAGGAUGCAAGCUGAAAAAGCUGCUCAAGAAUCCGAGGCCGAGGCAAUCAGGAAAAUCUUGGGUCAAGAUUCUAGCAGAAAGAAGCGAGAAGAUAAACUAAAGAAGAAACAAGAGUCAGCACAGGAGAGGAAAACAAAAGCAGCAGCUCAUCCAUCAAAUGCUAUCAGAUGGAUACUGGGUCCUUCUGGAACAGUUGUAACUUUCCCUAGUGAGAUGGGCCUCCCAAGCAUAUUUGAGCCCAAGGCCUGCAGGUGGAGAGUGUUUACAAGCUUUACAUAUUUUUUGUCUUAUUUUGAAUAUAUCCUACAUAUAUGUUUUUCUCCAAUCUUUUUAUGCACAUGCUUUCUAUGGUAGGUAUUGUUUGCCAGAGCUUCUGAAAAACACUUUUUACUGAUUGCUUUAGAAAAAGAAUAAAGUAGUGUUUUUAUGUUGAUGCUUCUACUGAACUUGAAGUAAUUCAAAACUAAAAGGUGUAAGCAGGGUCGAGGUUGCUUUAAACUGUUCUACAAUUUUCUAUAACAUUUUACUUUAAUAAUAUACCCAAAAGUAUUUUUUACCAAACACUUAAACUUUUAUUUAUUUAAACCACUUUUUGUUUUUCAAGCACUGCAAACUUUUACUACAAAUCACUUUUUAUAUAACCUGCAAAAUAAAUCACUUUUCAAAAGUAUAAGCAAACUCAAACAUUCCCUCCCUAAUCCUCUUUUUCCCGCACGAUGAUAUCGGGUAUAUCUAUGCAUUCACAUGCUCUAGUUGAUUUCAAUUUUGAGUAUUUCAGUUACCCGCCUCCGCGUGAGAAAUGUGCUGGUCCAUCUUGUACAAAUGUGUACAGGUAUCGAGAUUCCAAAUCAAGACUUCCUCUAUGCAGCCUUCAGUGCUACAAGGAAAUACAUAAGAAGGUGGAACUUCUUGGUGCAUGUUGAUUAUUAUGUUGUCUAUCGAUUUUUAUGUUUUAAAUGUGAGUGGGCACUUUUUGAGCAUUUGUCCAUCUACUAUGCAACUUUGUUUAGGAAGAUUUGAUGUCGUAGUUGAAUGCAAAAUCAUUUUGUACAGCUUUUGAACAUGAUAUAACGUCUCAGCUCCCAAAACCAUAG